UGUAGCAAGUUCUUUUCUUCACUUCAUUCAUUUAACGUUAUUGGUUAAAACAAGUAGUCAUUGUUCUUUUAUUUCCUAACAGUAAAAAUACAGGAUUCUCAUUGUGUAAAACGUAUUUUUAUUUUCUAAGUUGAAAUUUAAAAAUAAAUCUGUUCAAGAUGAUGGCUCUUAUCAAUCGGAUACUUGACUGGAUUAAAAGCAAAUUUUGGACAGAAGAAAUGGAACUUACUCUUGUAGGAUUACAGUGUUCUGGAAAAACUACGUUUGUACAUGUUAUUGCGUCUGGCCAAUUUAAUCAAGAUAUGAUACCAACAGUGGGGUUUAACAUGAGAAAAGUUACAAAAAAUAAUGUAACAAUAAAAAUUUGGGAUAUAGGAGGUCAACCACGUUUCAGGUCAAUGUGGGAGCGUUAUUGCCGAGGUGUAAAUGCCAUAGUUUAUAUGGUAGAUGCUGCUGACACUGAUAAAUUAGAAGCUUCUAGAAAUGAACUCCACAGUUUAAUUGAUAAGCCACAAUUAGUUGGAAUACCCGUUUUAGUUUUGGGAAACAAAAGAGACUUACCUAAUGCUCUUGAUGAAGUUGAACUGAUUGAUAGAAUGAAUUUAAAUGCCAUUCAAGAUCGAGAAAUAUGUUGUUAUUCUAUUUCAUGCAAAGAGCAAGAAAAUAUUGAUAUAACUUUGCAGUGGUUAAUAAGUCAUUCAAAAUCAAAUCGCCAGUCUUCAACGUAAAAUUAAUUUCAUGAUUAUUUACUAGCACAUAGUAAUUGUGCUAAAAAUAAUUAAAUCAAUACUUGAUUUGAUUAUUUUUAAGGCUGAUUCAUUUUUACACUUAUAUAUCCCAAAUAAAAUGUAUUAUCACCAUACUUAAUUCCAUGUAUGAAUCUCUGACAUGUCUAAAAGUUAUUAUUGUUUAUUUAUCUAAAGAAAAUAACUAACCAAUUUAAUUUAGUUAAAAUUAUUCUAGGAAAAAUGAUUAAUUUUUUUAUAUAGAACUUUCUCCAGUCUUUUAUA